GAAGACCGACACGUCACUACUCGGUACAAACAGUCUCAGAGCUGCAUCCUUAACUUUCCAGCAAUGGACACGUUACAUAAUACUCCACAAUCGUCCUGUAAACCUAAAGUUUACAGGAUUCCUGCUCUUUUGUCGGUGGGAGAAACUCUUCUGGCCUUUGCUGAGCGGAGAACAGAAAAAGCCGAUCAUAUGGCGGAGAAGCUGGCUAUGAAAAAGGGAUCGCUCCAGAGGGAAACCAACAGAGUUACAGUCGAGUGGACUGAGCAGAAAGAUGUGGAAGAAGCGCACAUUGAUGGUUACCGCACCAUGAAUCCCUGUCCAGUAUACGACAGGACAAACGGCAAGCUCUUCUUGUUUUUCAUCUGCGUAGAAGGAAACUGCACAGAAUGGUGGCAAAUUGGCAAUUACUGCAACAAAACCCGGCUCUGCUACGUCACGAGUGAUGAUCUUGGAGAAACCUGGAGUGGACUGACUGAUCUGACUGAACGUUUGCGUAGUGACUGGGUGACCUUUGCAACCGGGCCAGGUCAUGGUCUUCAAACAGAGAGUGGUAGACUGAUGAUUCCAGCUUAUGCUUAUGUCGGUGUAAAACCCCUUAAGCCUGUCCCGCGCGCUGUCUCCAUGUAUAGUGACGAUUCUGGUGUAAACUGGCAGUUUGGCACUUUGUUUGAAGGACAAUCAAUAGAGUGUCAAAUGGCUGAGGUUUGUGAUGCAAAUGGUAGGUUCAUCUAUUGCAAUGCCCGCAGUAGCGAAGGGCAUCGGGUGGAAGCUUCCAGUGACAGUAAAGGACAAAUGUUUGCAAUACACAGUGACAAAAAGCUUGUGGAAACAGGUUCUGGCUGUCAGGGAAGCGUGGUCUCCUUCCCAGCCCAAAACAAAGACUUGGCAGCAGCAGGCGAUACAACUCACUGGCUUUUAUACACACACCCAAGCCAUAAAAGAAAACGAUUUGACUUGGGUGUGUUUCUGAACAAAUCCCCAUCCAAUCCAAAUGCAUGGAGUGAACCCUGGAUCCUUUACAGGGGCCCCAGUGGUUACUCUGACCUGGCUUACCUUGGUGAUGGUUGGUUUGCGUGUUUGUUUGAAUGUGGGAAGGAAGAGGAAACUGAGCAGAUUGCUUUAAAAAUUUUCAGCUUAAGUGAAAUGGAGGGAGAUGCAGAAGAAAGUCACACCUCCACAUUGCAGCAACCCACUAUGGGGAGUGAAAUAAUUGCUUGCUUUGCCUAAUCAAAUGAAAAUCCUAUAACUCAGUUUUGCCAAUUGGACCAUUUAUGAAAGGUUGACCAAAAAUCUUUAAUGAGAAAUGAACAAAGUCAAAUGAUAAAUGAUAUGAUUUCAGUUUACAUGAAACAAAUGUCUACAUGAAAUGUUUUUUCUUGUAGCUUGUAUUGAGCAUGAGGUGUAUUUCCAACAUUAACAUCUUUAACAUUAAUUCUUAAUACUUUUCUGACAUUGACAAAAUAUAGUGUAAUCUUUUUUGUUAUGUUUAUUUACUUCUGUAAUCUUUUUGAUUAUGUUUCCUUAGCAUAACUGAAAUUUAAAAAGUGCAUUAAAUUCCUGAGUCAAAAUUAUUUGCAAUUUCUAAUUUUUAGUCAAUAAAACUUUCAUUGAGCUGUUGAAGAUUUUUCUUGAAAAUACAAAGUGCUUAACACACGUGACAAACUGAAGGCCUGGGGGCCAAAUCUGGCCCUCCAGAGCUUUUUAUGUGGCCCUUAGAUAAACCUGUUUUGAUGUAAAAUUUAUUGAAAGAUUAUGCAACAGGAGGGUCUGGUGUCCUAAAUAGACAUCACAAGGACAGAGCAUCGUGAUAAUUAUUAAAGCAACAUCUCAUAAAGGUAAAGCUUCAACACAAAUGGCUCUUCCAAACAGACAAUGACCCCAAUCAGGGUCAUUAAUAAAAAGUGGCUGAAGGACAAAAAAGUCAAUGUUUUGGAUUGAACAUCACACAUAUAUUCCAUUAUUCUGGCUACCCUAACUGAUCUAAAACAGGUCAGGUUUGGUCUGAUUUAAUAGACAGGAAAUAAAGGUUUACUUCAUUUUACGAAAUCACCUGCUUUUGAAUGUUUCUAAAUUAAUUCAGCAGAGACUCCCACAGGUUAAGACUUCUGAUGUUGCACUUAUUCACCAUGCUGCCCUGUAUUACUAUCCACAGAGUACAUGUUCUUCUUCAGCCUGUAAAAAUCUUUUCACUGAAAAUGAAUAAGGUGACUGGAAGCUAGAGCUGGAUCCUUCCAGGACUUCCAGAGGAAGCCAACAUCUGCGAAAGACAAUGCAGCUGGAAAAAUUGGCCUCCUGUCUUUAGCUUGUAUUAUAUAUUAGAUGUGUUAUUAUCAGUGAAAUACGCCCAGAAAGUGUUCUGCAUUUCUGACUGGCAGUCUUGCAUCCCUGCAUGGAAAUAGUUAGCAGGGUGCUGUUUAUGGAUCCCACAGAUGACAGACAAUCUGUGUUUUUGAAGGGCAAAGUAAUUUAGGGCUAUUAGCAAUGCAGCAUAACAAUCUAAAUGGGAGAACAUGAGAGGCAACUGGGAUAGUGUUUUAGUGUGUUUUUAUUCUCUACAUAAACCUGCGGAUUUUUGAUGACAGUUACUGAACAUGUGUUUAUAAUUUAUCUGUCAAGACCACAAUAUACAACGAAAUGACACCAGAUGAUGGUUUACAUUGCGAAGUAAGUAUUUUCCUCUGGAACAACGAUCCAGUCUCCAUUAUUGUGGGGCUAAAGAUGUGCCUUGUUGUCAUUACAUACAUUCUAUGUUCUCUGUGGUAUUUUGCAGCUAAUUUUUUUAAUUAUUAUUAUUGCUAGAUUUAUGCUUAAAUGAUUAAUAUUUUAGUUUGCUGACACUGAGGCAUUAAAGUGGCACUGAAUUCCUCUUCAUUAGACAUAAAUUAUGUCAAAUUACAAACUGAAUUUUCUUGUUAGCCCUGGGAAAACCAAGGUGUCCUGUAAUAUGUUUUAAAGUUGUUUUGUUUCAUCUGUGCUGCUGUACCAUGAAUAUCUGAGGAACUUUGACAAGGUUCAAACUGUGAUGACCAAUAAGUGUUUGGAUCAUCUCUAAAACAGCUGCUUUUCUAGGCUUUGGUGUUUGGGUUACAUUUGAAUUCCUGUCAUGAACUUUGAAAUGACAAUGACACCGUCCACAGAGAACCAAAUUUUUUUAUCAGCGUGGACUUACCGGAUGCCCACCAAGAAGGAAGUUCCUGAGAUUUGACUGCAUGAACGAGCUAAGUGUGUCCUGGAGAAAGACUGAAAAUUUUAGUCACAAUGAAAAGACAUAUUUUUGAAAAAUCAAACUUAGACUCUCAGAGCAUGGUUGUGGUACCAUAAUGCUGUGGGACUGUACCGUUGUCAUUUGUUCUGACACAUGAAACAUUUUGACAACCAAGGUCUGAAAA